AUGAUCGAUCCGCAAGCCGCUUGUGGCCUGGCCAUUGGUGUAGCUGCAAAGAACGUUUGUGUGCUCAUCGAUUUACCAGCCAUUCUGCACCUUCUGGUACCCGCAUUCGGAGAUCUCAGUUGUGAUGGCAUGCCGGAAGUAAUUGUGGCCGUGUUCGAGUACCUUCUCUCGCCCAUGUUUGGAGCACAAGCCCAGCAAACAUGCACG